AUGUCCGUCUUUGUAAAUAUUACUGAUAAGCCGCUGGAUUCGGCGGAGGUGCUUAAUUAUGUUCGGCACCCUCAUGCAGGAGCAAUUGUGUAUUUUGGAGGCACAACUAGAAAUGCAUUCGAAGGCAAAGAGGUGGUGUCUCUCGCAUAUGAGGCACAUCCACGGCUGGCGAUCAAAACUCUCGAGACUAUAGCUAACGAGGCAAAAGCUAGGUUUCCCAGCGUCCAUAAAAUCGCAAUUGUACACCGCACAGGCGUGGUUCCAGUGGCUACCGAGUCCGUUAUGAUUGCUCUCAGCUCAACUCAUCGAAAAGAAGGCUGGCUUUGUGGAGAGUGGGUAUUGGAGAAAGUCAAGGAAAGGGCAGAGAUUUGGAAGAUAGAGAAAUACGCGGACGGCGGCAGUGUUUACAAAGAAAAUGAGGCUUCCAACGUGCUUGCUCGCACCUAA